CUCUUUCCCACCAUGGUCCUGGCAGCUCUCUGCGCAUAGCCCAGCACCAGCCAGCCCUCGGGCACCCGCCCAUCCCCCCCGGCGACGGGCUCUCGCAGCGAUAGCGGCACCCAAUGUACACGCAGCAACCCACCUCAGCCAUGGCCGACGACAAGAAGCCCACGACGCUUGCCCCGCCUGCAGUCACUGCCCUCAAGCAGGAGGCUGUGGGCUCCGUCGGCCAUCGCCAGAACAUGGAACGUACCGUCAGCCAGGACAUGCGCAACGAGCGUGCCGACCUCAAGGAGGCCGCCGAGCACAGCCUGAACAUCAUCAUGGACCUGGAUCUCGAGGGCAAGAUUCGCUAUGUCAGCCCUUCGUGGACCGACGUCAUUGGCUCCCUGCCCAAGGAAGUUACGGGCAAGCCUGUGCUUGAAAUCAUAUGCGGAGGAGCCGAUGGCUUUGCUGACACCAUCGAGUCAGUCAGAAAGGACGAUUCCAGGAGUCAUAUUGCCCGCUUCACUGUACGGCUAGGGCCUCAUUCCAUCCUGCGCAAGCGGCAAUCAAGACAUACCGCCGCAGAGGGCCAAGAGUCGCUGCCCAUGUCUCCAACCCACGUAGAGGAGGAAGAGGAUCAGCUUCUGAACCUUGAAGCACAAGGCAUCAUGGUCUAUGACCGAACCACUGGAGCGGAGAGUCAUACAAUGUGGAUGGUCCGGCCGUCAAUUAUUCGCGAGGUGACGAUUGACCUUCCAGAAGUUCUUGUCGAGUCCCUCGGAGUCGGCGCCGAAGUCCUUGCCCACUACCUUACUGGUCUUGCCGAGCAGAGCGCGACAGAUCCGGGUGACGUUGCGCCACCGCUUCCUGUCCUCUGCCGAAUCUGCGAACGACAAAUCACGCCCUGGUGGUUUGAGAAACAUUCUGAACUGUGCUUGCAAGAGCACCGUGCCGAGAUGGAUGUACAGAUGGCACAAGAAACACUCUCCGAGCACCGCAAUGCUAUCGUAAAGGUGUUGGAUACACUCGAAUCUCAUAGCCAGCGUUCGAGGGCCGCAGCAGUCGAUUCCGUACAACCGCUUCAGCCUGCCGAGUACAAAGGACUGAUUAUCCAUUCGACAUCAACACCAUCAUCGGGUACCCCCUCAGGACGCAAUUCCCCUGCAUCGCCGCCUUCGAGAUCACGCGAGCGCUCCGAGCGUUCGACUGGAUUUGGUCACCAUCGCGCACGAUCUUUCGCUGUACGAAGACCUUUGGCUCGUAUCGUUGAGUUGGUCCUGGACCUAUGCGAUACAGCUCUAGAGAUCAACACGCCAGCAGUCAAGGAUAACGGGCGUGGCCCGGCAGCCACCGAGAUUCGUACACAGUCACCGCAAUCGGAGAAUCGCAUAUCGCAAGUUCUUCAGUGGCAAUCACCGACUACAGGCUCGGUCGACCAUACUGAGGGGCUGAAGCUAUUGUGCGAAGAUACUAGCCGGCUCGCAAGAGCAAAGAUCGACGCUGUUACUCGCCACAGGAGGGUACUCGAGUACUCUGAACGUCUCCGUAUCGAGUUUGAUAUAUUAGUCCAGGAAUGCAUAGAAGCUGCGAUUCUGAAAGCCGCUCGCAUUGCGGCUGGCGAAGACACUUCUUCCGAAGACGAGCAGCCUGAAGAAGAGAUACCAUCAGACACUAACGAUACCGAUACAGCACCUGGUGAAGAGGGGAUAUUCCCUGGAUCCUUCGACGCUCCUUCGUCCAUGGCACAAGCUCUUCGUAAUACAUCCGACGCUUCCUUACCAGCUAGAGUUGGACGUCGCGAAUCUUCAGUAGCCGGCUCAAACCGUUCUAGCAGUCCGAGAGGAGGAUGUCAAACACCACGAUCCCAUGCGGGUGCGAUUAGUAUCGCGACCCAGAGCAAGCGCCAAUCAAUGCAUUUUGAGAGCGAUGCUGGUGCUGAGAGUGAUACCAGCAUGCGUUCAUCUGUCUUGUCUGGUCCUCGUCGAGCAGACUCACCAGCGACAUCUGAUGUGGGACUGAGCAGGGUAGCUAGUUCUCGUGAACGCAAACGUAAGAGCUUGAUACUGCCAAGUGUAAUGUCUAGUCGACAGCAUUCGCCAGCUCGAUCCAUGGUGCCUCCACCAUCUUCGCCUCUCCGGACCAAUAAGCCACGUCUCCCAAGUGGUGUCGAGGCUUUGCAGUCACCCAUCACGUCACCAAUCCUACCUACUACGGAGUUUUCAUCGCCGGCUAUGGUCCAUGCUCUCAACCAUCACCGUCGACAGUCUUCUACCGCUGGAUCAGAUGGCCCUAGGCCCGUUUCUCCUCGCUUGAUUCCUACCACACAGCCGCAACCGCGUGCAGUACCUCCGUCCAUCAAGGAUUUCGAGAUCAUCAAGCCAAUCAGCAAAGGUGCUUUCGGUAGUGUUUACCUUGCCAAGAAGAAAUCCACUGGAGAAUACUACGCCAUCAAGGUGCUGAAAAAGGCCGACAUGGUUGCCAAGAAUCAAGUCACCAAUGUCAAGGCUGAACGAGCCAUUAUGAUGUGGCAAGGUGAGAGUGAUUUCGUGGCUAAACUAUAUUGGACCUUCUCUAGCAAGGACUAUCUCUAUCUUGUCAUGGAGUAUCUCAAUGGUGGUGAUUGUGCCUCGCUCAUCAAGGUUCUGGGUGCUUUACCAGAAGACUGGGCGAAGAAGUAUCUUGCUGAGGUAGUACUCGGUGUGGAACAUCUGCACAGCCGGAGCAUCGUCCAUCGCGACCUCAAACCAGACAAUCUUCUCAUCGAUGGGAAAGGCCAUCUCAAGCUUACUGACUUCGGUCUGUCGCGCAUGGGUAUGAUUGGUCGACAAAAGCGUGCACUCAAGUCCGUUGAGCCUGCACCCGACCUGCUUAAGACCGGCCCAUUCCAUCGCGCCACGUCUGUGGGGUCUUCACGAUCUGCAUCCUUUGACCUGAACCACUCACCUUCACAGACACCCUCUAUGACACCUGCUCUUGCUGGAGAUAUUGGUCAGCCGUCAUACUUCAGUCUGAACCGGGAGACCUCCCAACAAAGCCGGGAACCUUCAAGGCGGACCUCUGGAACCCGAAGCGACAGUCAAGACAGCGAUGCACUGCAGGCAAUGUUCCGUCGCUUUUCCAUAGCUGACGACUCAUUCGGUCAGCCUCGUGGCCGAUCCCCGAUCGAAGAAGAGGCUUAUAGUGAUGAUGGUUCUCCAGACCUUUACCCUGCACCCAACUCUAUGAGUCAGUCUGCGAUAGCUCAGAACAGCGCACUUGCACCGUCGUCAUCUGCAAUGCCACCUCCGCCAAUGACUCUGUUCGAUCCAGAAGACAGCGACCGAAAGUUCGUUGGCACACCUGAUUAUCUUGCCCCGGAGACUAUCGCCGGCAAUGGUCAAGAUGAAGUAAGCGAUUGGUGGUCUCUAGGAUGCAUCUUGUUCGAGUCCUUGUAUGGAUACCCUCCUUUCCAUGCCGAUACACCGGAUGAGGUUUUCCAAAAUAUCCUUGCGCGAAGAAUCGACUGGCCUGAGGAUGAUGAUGAGUUGUAUGACAUAUCAGAUGAUGCAAAGGACCUCAUGAAUCGUUUGAUGUGUUCUGAUCCUGCACAGCGACUUGGGGCGAACAAGGACGAUAGAUACGCUAGCGGCGGAGAAGAAAUUCGGAGCCACCCGUGGUUCGCUGACAUCAACUGGGACACUCUUCGAGACGAUGAAGCAUCCUUCAUUCCGGCACCCGAGAAUCCGGAAGAUACAGAGUACUUCGAUACCAGAGGAGCUGCCAUGGCGAACUUUAGCCCCGAAUUCCAAGACGAAGCGACCACACCAGCGGGUACACCAAGUACAGAUUACCCCGACAGACCCCAUGACGCCCUGUCCAGAGUGCGAUCACAAGUCACUGUGUCGACUAUGAAGCGUGGGCUGAUCCCUCUUCACAUCCCAGCACACGUUCGAGAGGGCAGGUCACGGAGGCUCAGUGAACCAAUGGCGACUGACGAUUUUGGUAACUUUAGUUACAAGAAUUUACCUGUCCUGGAAAAGGCGAACAAGGAUGUUAUCCAAAAGUUGCGCGCAGAAGCGAUGCUUCCGCAGAACAAGCCUGCGCCCCCGCUUCAGUCACCUAGUGUCACGUCACCUUCACCAUCCUUGGAAAACAGCCCCAUGCUGCCGGGCCCGCUCAAACGUACACUGUCCACCAACAGGGCUAACGGACGGCCCUCAUCACCUUCAGUCAGUGGACCACAUUCCUCUCCUAGUCGUGGUUCGCAGCCAUCAUCUCCAUUACUCGUACAAUUUAGCACAGGACAGCAUCAUGACCGACGUAAGACGUCUAGCAGCUCGUCGACACUGUCGCAUUCAACCAGCAACCCGUCAUCCCUCCAACCAGGCAGCUUCUUUGAUCCUUCCCGUGUCUCGGGUUUGCGACCUUCUCCUGAGGCCGUUUCACCAAACAGGCUCUCGAAAACACCGUCAGCGCCGUCAGCGACUUCCCAAGAGAAAGCUGUCCCAGGACAACGACAGUCAUCAUUGGGACAGACAGCCGCUUCGUCACCCCGCGCUCGAUCACAAACACUUGGAUCUCAAGAGGACGAUGUUGUGCGCGAUCUUCUACCAGGACACUAUAAGCGCCGGAGUCAAGUGCUUGAUGUAUCUCCUUCGUCAUCCGAUACCGAAGAUUCUCGCGCAAAGGCUCUCCUUCGCGUGCAGCGACGCCGACAGAGCUCUCGAAGGCUCUCGCAGAUCAGUUUCGGUGAUGGUCCUUUCUUCCGACCCCUGGACGUAUUGAUAUGCGAAGAUCACCCAGUAUCACGACUCGUCAUGGAGAAGUUAUUGGAAAAGCUGCGCUGUCGCACUUUGACAGUUACCAACGGGUCUGAAGCUAUACGGUAUGCCAUGGGCGAAGUCAAAUUUGAUGUCAUCAUGAUGGAGUUUCGACUACCUCAGGUCAACGGCGCUGACGUUGCUCGUAUGAUACGAGAUACGAAGAAUGCCAACACCCAUACCCCGAUCGUUGCUGUCACUGGAUAUCUCAAGGAACUACAGGCGCCUCACUACUUUGAUGCACUCAUUGAAAAACCACCUACAGUCGCCAAGCUUACGGAUACGCUGAGUAGGCUUUGUCAGUGGAAAGCGCCGCCGCCGGGCUGGACACCGAACCAAGUUUACCCAUCAAUGAUGCCCUCGGGACUUCGACAGGAGUCUUCGCGUCAAGAAGAUAGCCCCACAACCUCGAACUCUUCCGGCUAUCCACCUGUGCCUUCUGCCAGCUAUCGAGGCUCUAGCCGCGAAGAUUCUAUUAGCUCCAGCUUCUUUGGCGACAAUGACAGUCGUGCAGGCGAGGAUAUGUCGGUGAGAGUGCACAACGCCGACGAUUGGAGGGAGCGCGACAUCGCGCGAGCCAUGAGUGGUUUGGGCAUCUCGGAUGACGCAGCUAAUGCCGAUCACAAAGGAGCUAUUCCUAACCGUAUCGGUGCACCUGACCUACCCCACGGAGAAUCUGCACCAGCCGUUCUUGAAGAGGCAACGAUCCGCCGUCAGCGAUCGGCGGAGCAAGUAGGCGCCAAACGUCGCAUAUUAGAGACACGUAAACACGAGUCAGCAGAAUCUGGAGAUGACGAAGACGAUGAGUUAGGUCACGCCCCUGUUCGCACACGCAGUCCAAAGACAAGACCGAAAUCCACGUCCAAGCUUGGCAUUGAGAUGAUGCGAACAAACAGCAGAGGCAGUGUGAUUUCUGUUGAAGAUGUUGGGCAAGCGGACUCGGCAUUACCCUCAUCUCCACCUCCAAUGAUCACAGAAGAUCCCGCUGCGGAGGAACAUGAAAGCAAUCUUGACGCACCCACCGUCGCUCCGGUGCUUCUUACACCGCCAGUAAUGUUCCCUGAAGAACCUGGCGACGAUGUUGCCGACUUUGUCAUUGAAACACCUAAGUCGCACAAGGAUGCAACUAGUCCAGAUCCAGAUCCUACACCCAAAGCGAAGUCUGCCAGAACACCAGACUCUGAACCCACAGGACUCGACAGUGCGACAGACACCUAGGCGGUGCCACGCCUGGCGUUUGGUACCUGUUCAGUAAAUUGUACAUUUGAUUUCAAAGCUUAAACACACUUUUCGCAGCAAGGCGUUGGCGGUGUGUUCACUGGGUAGUGUAC